CUCUCUCUUCGCCCAGACACCUCGGAACGUGCAUGGGUCAAGUACUGCCCUCGAUAACGAUCUCUUUCGACGACAGAACAUAGGAUGGAAUCAGUAGCUGAGCAGGCCGACCCCCAUCCAUUGGUGUCCUUGGUGUCAGCAUGCUUCUGGGUAAUACUAUGGCUUUUGUCUUGGGUGAAGGCUCUGGUAGCGUUCUCGACAAUAACAGUGCCACGCCUUAUAUAUGCCGUUCUAUCCUAUUCUAUGACACUGACGCUCAACUUUUGGUCGUUUGCGAUCAUGUUCUCACUUUCUACUGUGGUGCUGAACUAUUGGAUCCGAUUCCGAUAUCUCAAUGAUUAUACUCAGCUCAAAGAACCUCCAUUGGUAAAGCCAGACGCGACGGAGCUGCAUCCUGAUGUGAACACAGACCCGGCUCCUACAUUCCAUAACUAUCUCGACGAUUUCUUACAAGCUGUACGCGUCUUUGGUUUUCUCGAAAAGCCCGUUUUCCAUGAGCUGGCUCGGCAUCUUCAGACUCGACGUUUAAUAGCGGGAGAUAGUAUGUCACUCGAACAAGACAAGAGCUUCUACUGUGUCGUGGAUGGCAUGGUUCAAGUUUUCGCACAGACAGAUAGACCUGAUCAAGGUCAACAAGGGUUAUGGGACCAUGAAGACAUGAACGGAUAUCAGUUGCUCAAUGAAGUGGGAAGCGGAGGCACCCUCUCUAGUUUAUUUACUAUCCUCAGCCUUUUUACGGAAGACGUCAAGAUGAGCUGGCAGAAUGAUCAUGAUGAAGGUCCCAGCAUCCCCAACGCCUUUUCCGUUCCCCGGAAGUCAAAGCGCGAAAACACAGAUGUCUCUCGUUUCGAUUUGGGACAGAACACACAUAUACGGCGUUCGUCAAGCUCUUCCACGGCAUCGACCGUUCAUCCUCUCGAAGAUGUGCCAUCAAACCAUCCAGAAUAUACAAGGCCUAUGUCGCCUAUUCCUGACGAUGAUGAAACCACCGCAUCGCUACCAAGGUCCAACAACUCCCACACCCAACAUACUCGGAUACAUGAGGGGGUGGUUGCUCGUGCAAGUGAGGAUAGCACUCUCGCUGUUAUACCGGCUGAAGCGUUCCGUCGUUUAACCAAGAAGUAUCCAAAGGCUACCGGUCAUAUCGUUCAAGUCAUUUUAACACGAUUCUCUCGGGUCACAUUCAGCGCUGCCCACAAAUACCUCGGCCUGACCAGCGAGGUUCUGCGUACUGAGAAAGCCAUCAACGAUAUCGCCUGCCACCCGUUGCCUCCGUCGUUCUAUGAAGGCGGCGGUUUACAAUAUCUUCGACAACGGUUUGAUGGCACCAGCAAUACUGACGGCGACACCGAUUAUCUCAAUGCCUCAGAAUCCACUAAUAGUAUAUCUGGGAAGACUCUUUCGGAAUCUCCAAGAUCGUCAAAAGUACAAUUGAACGAUCCACCCCGUCCUACUCGGCUCGUAUCUUCUACAUCACAGACCUUCAAAGCGCAUGGACGGAAUAGCGUUCAAGCUGGGGAUCUGCUCAGUUCUACAACUCACGCUGGUGACUUCUACAGACCGAUUAGUGGUUCUAUCAGCGUACCGAGAGGUGUCAAGCCUCUGGAAAGUCGUAGAAUUGCUAAUCUAUCUGGUGACGAAUUUGAUUUGCGAGAGGAAGUAAUGUCCUGCAUAGCGAAGUCAAUCGGUUUACUUCAGCCUCCUCUGAGUGGUACCGAAUCCGUUGAGGCCUCUCCCGCAAUCUCCCCAUCUGACGGUCGGCGUUCCUCAGGGUUAUUUACUCCAUCUUUCAGUUCUCUAUCGCUUCUAGACAUAGGUGAUGAUGCAUCUAGUGUCACGGGAGGGGCACCAUCCAGCCAAACAAUUGAUGGCUACAUGAGUGGUCUUGAUAAUGAAGUAGAGAUGCUGUUUUUCGCUGCUGGCACGACUCUAGCUAAGGCAGGAGAAGUUAACACUGGAUUAUUUUAUGUUAUUGAAGGAUUUUUGGAUAUCCUUUUACCUACCGACGAUCUCCAACCUUUUACCGAGCAAAGGCCGAAUACUGAAGAAACUCGGACAUCCGGCCCUAGGCCAAAACGGCCGGAACAGAAACUCUUAUUUACGGUCAAACCAGGCGGUAUCGCUGGCUAUCUCGCUUCCCUCUGUAACACCGCCUCUUAUGUUGACAUCAAGGCGAAGACCGAUACGUAUGUAGGUUUUCUACCCUCGCACGCCCUCGAACGCCUGCUUGAAAAGCGCCCGAUUGUUCUGCUCACUCUUGCCAAACGUUUGAUUAGCCUUUUGUCACCUCUUGUGCUUCAUAUUGACGCGUCUUUGGAUUGGAUGCAAGUGAAUGCUGGCCAGGUACUUUGGCGACCUCAGGAUAUCAGCGACAGCUUCUACAUUGUUAUCAAUGGUCGCUUGCGGGCUAUUUCUGAAUCCGAAGACGGGAGCGUAUCAAUCGUUGGAGAGUACGGUCAAGGGGAUACGGUGGGAGAGGUUGAUGUCAUCACAAGCUCACUUCGCCGCAACACUUUACACGCUAUACGAGACACUGAACUGAUUCGAAUGCCACAAACGCUGUUCAACGCGAUAUCUGCUCGGAACCCCCAGAUCACAGCUCAGAUAUUGCGAAUGAUUGCAACGCGAGUCAGGGUGGAAUUAGACUCGAAAUCUACCAAGUCAAGAAGUCUGCUAUCAGAGCCGGGAUACAACAAUAAUCUCAAAACUGUGGCAGUUCUUCCUGUGUCACGUAGUGUUCCCAUUGAUGCUUUUUCGAGAAAGCUCCAGACUGCAUUGGAGGGUAUAGGCGCCAGUACAUCUUAUCUCAAUCAAGCUUCGAUAUCCAAUCAACUGGGACGACAUGCGUUUACUAGGAUGGGCAAACUUAAGGCAGCUGGAUGGCUAGCUGACCAAGAACAAAGAUAUAGAACAGUUCUCUACGUUGCUGAUUCACCCGUAAAUAGUCCCUGGACUCAAACCUGCAUUAGACAGGCUGACUGUAUAAUGGUCGUUGGUAUGGGAGAAGAUCCUUCCAUAGGCGAAUAUGAACGGUUGUUGCUAUCGAUGAAAACGACCGCUCGCAAAGAGCUCGUUCUCUUGCAUCCUGACCGAUCUGUCAUGCCGGGAUCUACGAGAGAGUGGCUGAAGAACCGGCCGUGGGUCCAUCAGCAUAUACAUGUGGAGCUUCCGGGCCUAGUGCUUCCGAUUCCCAAAGUCACCUUCGUUUCAAAAGGACCGGAUGCAGUAACUGCAUUAAAGAAUUUAAAGGAUAAAGUUCAGAGUGAGAUCCAAAAGUAUCGCGGUGGACAUGUUGAUCCCCGGCCGCAGCGGUCCACCAGAGUAAAUGACUUCUCUCGACUUGCCCGCAGAAUAUGUGGAAGGUCUAUUGGAUUAAUAUUGGGUGGUGGUGGGGCUCGUGGUAUCGCACAUCUGGGGUUGAUACGGGCACUUGAGGAGUACGGAAUACCCAUUGACCAUGUCGGAGGGACCAGCAUCGGCGCUCUCAUUGGUGGUUUAUACGCACGAGAGGGCGAUAUCUUAUACAGUGCUGGGCGCGCCAAACAGUUCAGCAGUCGCAUGGGAAACAUCUGGAGGAUGUUAUCCGAUGUGACCUACCCCAUUGUGGCAUAUACAACAGGCCAUGAAUUCAAUCGGUCUUUGUACAAGGCUUUCUACGACCUUCAUAUUGAGGACAUGUGGCUACCAUUUUUCUGCAACACAACGAAUAUAAAUACGUCGGAAAUGGAAAUCCAUGAGACAGGCUAUGCAUGGAGAUUUAUCCGUGCUUCCAUGACCUUGGUCGGCCUACUUCCCCCUCUUUGUGACAAUGGGCACAUGCAUGUCGAUGGCGGUUACAUUGAUAAUUUACCGGUAUCCGCCAUGUUCUCGAUGGGAACUAAUGUGGUUUUUGCCUGCGAUGUAGGAUCUCUUGAUGAUAAUUCACCCCGAAACUUCGGCGACCACGUAUCUGGAUGGUGGCUACUACUUAACCGAUGGAACCCGUUUUCCAAUGCCAGAAAUGUCCCUGCGAUUACUGAAAUCCAGAGCCGUCUUGCCUAUGUCUCGAGCGUGAAGACGUUGGAAGAUGCCAAAGUUGCGCCUGGGUGCUUUUAUAUUGCCAUGCCCGUACAUGAGUAUGGAACCUUGCAAUUUGGAAAAUUUGAAGAGAUCCAGAAAUUAGGUUAUCACGCAGCUAUGAAAGCCCUGCAGAAGCUGGAUGAAGAAGGUCGAUUGCUGUCUGCGCUGAUUGAUGGUAAGGAUAGUGUAUCCAAUUCUAAGAGGAAGGGACAAAGUGCGCGCCGAAAUUCGAUAUGAUGAUAUUUUACAUACUAGACAUCAUUUGUAUAAUCACCUGUGCUUCAGUUUACUUAGCCGUUUCAAGCCCAUCAUUUUUGAGUCAUAUAAAAGUAAAGUGACUCG